GCAGGCCCAACUUCAAGUCUUCAACUAACCCAACCCGCAUAGGCACAGCCGGUCAGCCGCACACCACACUCCGUCUCUACUCUAUAACCUAGGCCAUCGGCGGCGGCGGAUCGGCCACACGCCCACACCUCAGGCUCAACCAUCCGUCCCUCGACCUGUGACCUGCCCACCCACCGCCGCCAGCCUCGAACCGUCGAACGGCCAGCCAGCUAGCCGCACGGCCAGCCAGCCCGCAGCAUGGCCAGCUAGACGGCACCCAGCCAGCCAGCCAGCCGCACGGACAGCCAGCCCGUAGCGGAGGAGCCCCUGUCCGCCCGGCGCCCCGGCCACCGGCCACCGCUAGCCAAACACCGAAGCACGUCGCUGUGAAGGUUGUAUCAGUUUAUCUUGCCUCAGGAGCUUUGUUAAUUAAGAAUUUGACAUCAUUGGCAUAUGGCGUCCCAGAAGAGUUGUCUUCUGAUCACUUUCUCCCAGGAGAUUGUAGAUGGGGUGCCUUUGUAUGUUUCAUCAAACUGCCUUCCUGUAAAAGCUUUGAAAUAUGAACCUGCUGGUCAUUCGUUCCAUGCUGCGGCAAUGAAGCUUCUUGGUCUUGUGGAGCAUGAAGAUAUAGAAACUGAUGAUCGCAGCGUUUCAUCGGAUGACAAAAGCCAAGAUUUUAAUACUGCUUCUGAUACCUUUAGCAGCAAAGGGAAGAAGAAGUCAUCUGGCAGUCAACAGCAGGACCACUAUGCUUUGCUUGGGUUGGGGCACUUGAGGUUCUUGGCCACUGAAGAUCAAAUUCGGAAAAGUUACCGUGAGAUGGCUCUCAAACAUCAUCCAGAUAAGCAGGCUGCCCUGAUUCUUGCAGAGACAACAGAGGAGGCAAAACAAGCAAAAAAGGAUGAGAUAGAGAGCCAUUUCAAGGCCAUCCAAGAGGCCUAUGAAGUUCUCAUAGACCCUACAAAGAGGAGGAUUUAUGACUCUACAGAUGAGUUUGAUGAUGAUGUCCCAACAGACUGUGCCCCACAAGACUUCUUCAAAGUUUUUGGCCCAGCCUUCAUGAGAAAUGGACGCUGGUCUGUUACCCAGCCUAUUCCUUCUCUUGGAGAUGAUACUACUCCAGUAGAGGAGGUUGAUAAGUUCUACAAUUUCUGGUACAACUUCAAGAGUUGGAGAGAAUUUCCAGAUGAUGAUGAGUACGAUUUGGAGCAAGCUGAAUCUCGUGAACAUAAGAGAUGGAUGGAGAGGCAGAAUGCAAAGCUACAAGAGAAGGCCAAAAAGGUGGAAUACGCGCGAGUGCGCAUACUUGUAGACAAUGCUUAUAAGAAAGACCCAAGGAUCCAGAGGAGGAAAGAGGAGGAGAAAGCUGAGAAACAGAGAAGAAGGGAGGCGAAGUAUUUGGCAAAGAAAUUACAAGAAGAGGAAGCAGCAAAAGCUGUUGAAGAGGAAAGGAUAAGGAAAGAAGAAGAGUCUAAGAAAGCUGCAGAAGCUGCUCUACAUCAGAAGAAGCUAAAGGAGAAAGAGAAGAAGCUGCUCCGCAAAGAGAAAACUCGGUUGCGCACUCUUGCAGCACCUGUCAUUGCAGAUAGCCACUUUGGUCUGUCAGAGGCAAAUGUUGAAUCGGCAUGUGCUUCACUUGAUAUGGAACAGCUGAAGAAGCUCUGUGAUGGAAUGGAUAGUAAGGAUGCAGCUGGAAAGGCCAGGUUGCUGAGCAAUGUACUUCGCAAUGAAAGUUCCUCAAAGGAAGCAAAGAAAAUUGAAGGGAAUGGUGUGGAGCCUUCUGCCCCAAAAUCCAACUCUACAGGAGGUAGAGCGACAGAAGCCAGUAACAGCAUAUUGAACAGCUAUGAGAAAAAAGAGAGACCAUGGGGAAAGGAAGAGAUUGAGAUGCUUAGGAAAGCAAUUCAAAAGUAUCCUAAGGGAACAUCGAGGAGAUGGGAGGUUGUUUCUGAAUUUAUUGGGACUAGCAGAUCGGUUGAGGAAAUUCUCAAGGCCACCAAGACUGUUCUUCUGCAGAAGCCAGACUCAUCGAAAGCUUUCGACUCUUUCCUUGAGAAGCGGAAACCGACACAAUCAAUUGCUUCGCCUCUUUCGACCCGAGAUGAAAUUAGUUCAACUGAGGGAGCUGGGACUGCAUCGUCAAAGGCUGCAGCACAAUCUGCGAAUAGCCAGACAGCCAAUGAGAAAGCUGCUGCUGAUCCUGUCACGGAUGGAGGACCAUCCGUGUCAGAUCCAGAUGCCUGGACAGAUGCGCAGGUCCUGGCUCUAGUCCAAGCUUUGAAGGCUUUUCCCAAGGAUGCAAGCCAAAGAUGGGAGCGUGUGGCUGCUGCUGUUCCAUGUAAAACCGUAGUCCAGUGCAAGAAAAAAGUAGCGGCAAUGAGAGAGAAUUUCCGGAGCAAGAAAAGUGGGGAGUAGGCUGAGGCAUUGCCUCACUGGAAGUAUAUUUUGCAAGAAAGAGUCUGGACGGCAAUAUUUAUAGAAUGGAUUCAGCAUCUUAGCUAGAGAGGUAUUGCUUGGCGAACCUUUCAUCUCAUGCCACCAGUGGUGAGGAUAAUUUUGUUAUGGAGCUGUGACAGCUCAUUUAUUGUGGCUGGCCACCAGGGUUGUUUUACUUUGAGCAGCCGUAGCAGGAUGCCAUCGAAGCUCAUCUAUUGUUGAUGGGCUGAUGGUUGGCAAUUUUGCCGCAGUGGUUCGUGUGGGAUUUUGUUUCUGCAGGCUCCUGGGGUUGUAUAUGCGCUGCUGUAAGCCAAUGAAUGAAUUGUGAGCUAUUCCAACAUUCUUAGAGUCAAUUCAUCUCAGGUUUGAUCAAAUUUAUAUAAUAAAACACUAAUAUUUAUGAUACCAACUAUGUCAUUAGAUUCUUUAUUUAACUACAUUUUAUAGUAUAUCUAUUUGAUGU